UUUGAGUUCUUUUGAAUUCAUUGCAGGCUACUGUGGUGGGUUUGCAUACCUUCUCGGGAUUUUGAAGUACACCGCCCAUCAGAACUGUUCUCUGAGAUUGCAAACUUUAAAAAGGAAAGAAAGUGGCAGACUAUUCCAGUCACCCUGACCAAGGGCUUCAAACAGUGGUAUAAUGACACUGUGUUUGGCAGUGUUAAAAUCUGAGUUCCAAUAUGGAACAGAAGCACUGUAUCCAGCACUUAUAGAUGGCAGAAGUGAAGUCCAUGUUCCGGGAAGUCCUUCCAAAACAAGGACAGUUGUCUGUGGAAGAUGUAACCACAAUGGUGCUGUGUAAACCCAAGCUUUUACCCCUAAAAUCUUUGACUUUGGAAAAACUGGAGAAAAUGCAGCAAGCAGCACAGGAUACAAUCCGCCAACAAGAAAUGGCAGAGAAAGAAGACCGGCAAAUAGCCCACUGACCAGGGGACAACCCCUCCCCCCCCUCCUACCUGUUCACGAGCUAGAACCACUCUACAGCAAGCUACAGGCCGAAAACACCUAUCAAACUAGACAUUGGUAAUUCUAAAAUACAAAGUUUGGGAACUCGAAACAUUGGUUUGUGUUAAAAAGAAAAACUUUGAGCCAAGUUUUUUGGAUUUUGAAAAAGCUUUUAAAAUUGUAAAUUACCUAUUGUUAUGAAUGUAAGAAAUUAAAUGUAUCUUUUAUGGGUGAAGGAUUUCUUCAUGUUUAUUAGACACCUAAACCUGAAAAUAAACUCUUAUUAUUGAAUGUAUUGUUGGGCUUAUACAUUACCCCAAAACAAACUUAACCAGUUAUGUACCAUGUCAUGUUUAAUGUGUGUAGGCUGACCAUAACAACAGCAGUAAUAAACAAAUCUGGUUUCUUAAACAAAUUUCUUUUUUUUUUCCUUUUUUGUUUAUUUUGCAAGACAGGGUUUCUCUGUGUAACCACUGUGGCUGUCUUGGAACUCACUUUGUAGACCAGGCUGGCCUCAAACUCACAGAGACCUGCCUGCCUCUGCCUCCCGAGUGCUGGGAAUAAAGACAUGAGCACCACCACUGCCCAGUAACAAAUUUGAUUCUUAAAAAAACCUCAAGCUAUUCUGGAGUCAGCUAAGCUUUUGAUUACACUAAUUUUAAGACAUAAAGAAAAACCUGUUACUUGAGUACCAAAUACAAAAACUAGAAAUGUUUAUUAUAGCCAUCACAGUAAUAAACCCAAGCAAUAUCAGCUUAAAAGAAAGAGCCCAUGAAGCAUGAACAACAGAGGGUUUUCUUUCUAAAAGACUACACCUAGCACUGGAACCAAGAAACUAUUGUAAAAAUUAUAAAUGUAAUGCUUUACUGCAGUCACUAGACAAGUUCAGUUACCACAGACCUUAAAACCUUGCUAAGUAAUUAGCCUUUAUAAAAGAGGCUAGAAAUAUGGCCGUCUGGCUCCUUAAAGUCAUUUAUUGGUGAUUACAUUUAUUGGUAUUUGGAUAAUGUAAAGCUUUAAGUACUUGUAGAGUACUUUUUUAAACAUGUUAACAGACCUUAAGGAUAAGAGUGGUUUAUAUACUGGACAAAUUUCAUUAAACUCCAGUUCCAUACACAAAAGAUUAAAGUGUGCAUAUACUUCCCUAGUAUAAACUUAAAAGGCUCUUUUUCAACUAUUGCACUGAUUUAAGGUUUUUAUGUGUCAGUGUGUAUGCCAUCCAUGUGCAGGUGGCCACAGAAGCCACAAGAUUUGAUCCCCUAGAGACUUCAAAUUACUGGCGGCUGUGUGCUGCCCACUGUGGGUGCAUAGGAACCCACCUUGGGUCCUGUAAAGCACAGCAUGUGCUCACUACUGCUUACCAGUCUCUCUAGUCCUGUUUUAUUUCUUUUAAUUAAAAUUUGAAGGUUAAAAAGAAGUUUGUAACAAUUUGAAUUCACCAAGCUCAAAUGUACUUGUUUUGAAAACCAGGCAUGGCGGUCUAUGCCUUUAUUCCCAGCACUCAGGACACUGAAUAGACACAGGAAAACUACCUGAGUUUGAGGACAACCUGGACUACCUCAAGUUACAAGGCCAGCCAGAGCUGCAUAACAAGGCACUGUCUCAAGAAACAGCAAAACAUUUUUGUGUUGUCUUGCCCUGUUGGGAUUGAACAAAAGGCCUAAUGAGGUUUAGAUGGAAAACCUAAAGGACGUUUUCGACAGACAAAAUAAAUGUACUCCAACUAAAGAA